AUGAAAAGUGAAUUUAUUUACAAACAUUUUAAACUUUCUAAAUCCACUAGCCGUGUGGGGCACGACAUCUUGAAUUCAAGCAGCUAUCCUACACUAAAUAUAAACAUAAUAACUAAUGAUAGAAUAAUAACAAAUUGCUAUUUUGCUACAUACUAUGUGACAAAUAACACUGUCUCGACCAAGAAGACAACCGAAACAGUUAAAUUUAAUGGAAAAAUACUAGGAAUUAAGUUAGAUGAACAACCAUUCUUUCAUAAUGAAAAUUUUGAACAACCUAAGUCCUAG